CUUAGAAAAUGUUGCUUUGGCAACUAAUUAAAAUAAAAGGAGUAAAAUUGAUUGUCCCAUGAGGAUUUGGAAUAAAGCACUUUUUAUGACGUUUUUUUACAAUUUGAAAUCUUCCAUCUAGAUUGUGACUAUUCUAUCCAAAACCAUUUUUUUCUUUUGUGUUCUAUUAAAAAAAAAAAAAAAAAAUCAGUACAAGUUGGGAACAACAUAAGUGUGAGUAAAUGAUGACAGGAUUUUCAUUUUCAUGGGUGACCCUAUAAUUGUCCCAAGCAACCGAUUAACCAAAGUAGCUAAACAGUUAACAAGAAAUAAACCCCUUAAGGGUAAUACAGGUCUUAAACUCCCUGUCACAAUUUAUACAGUGCUAAUGACCCGCUGACUGUAAAUACUGUAAAUGCUUAUUCAUCUAAUUUCCCAUGCACUAGCUGCUUCCUCUUCCCCAGUCACCCCAAGUGUCUUUCUGUUCUGUCAUGUGCAGUUGCUGAUUUUGAAGUCACUUUGAGUCACUGCAGUUAUGAAUAUGCAUGCUUUAUUAUCUUGCAUGGCUUUAGCCCUGUGUAUAGAAUGCAGACAGAAAUUAACCAUUUAAUGAAAAUCAACAUAAUUUCAUACCAUUUGGAAUACAUUAUCCCCAUGAAGGCCAUCACAUUGUAUUGUAUAUAACCAAUUACACAAGCUGUUUUAUACAUAUACAACUCUUUUUAUUUUUUGGUGCUUAUAUUUUUGUGCGAGUGUUUUUGUAGGCGAAGACUAGUUCAUGCGGUUUCGUCCCCUGCAGCUUGUGUGGUUCAUUAUUGUCCUCAUGGGGUUCAUGACACAUAGUGAAUGUAUGGGUCUGUACUCGUCCUUAGGGCAGCAAGGUUACAUAACCAGUCUACCUCUCUCUGCUCAACUCCUUCCUGCCCGUUCUCAAAGCUGGAGAGAGAUGUUUCAACGUGGGAGCGAAAGGAGACGACAUUCCAGUUUUCAAGAAGAUCUUAACACUUAAUGGUUUAAAGUGCAUGUUGAUCUCAGUUUGCAGCACUCCUCUUUCACUUUCCUUCUAUAACGGAUAGUUUUACACAGCCUAUGGUGUCACAACGUUCUCCUGGAGUGCCUUACUAAACUAGUAGAUGUAUCACAGACUCUUUAGAGGGUUACGGAUCAUUUGCCAUAAGCGUCACUCAAGAGAGAAUGUUUAGCUUGGUAUCAGGAUGUAGAUUUUUGAUAUUGAGUGACUCAGAUGGGCGGCUGAGUGUCUGUAAUCUGUACUAAUCCUUUAUGAAAAAGAAGGCUUACCGCGGUGAAUUCUGCUCAGCCAGCAAACUCACCCCACAUGCUGAUAGAAAGACACGGCCGAGCGUCAGAGAGUGUUGCACUGAUUCUGCGAUGAGCUUCUAGAUAUCGCUAUGAAGGUGGGAAAGACCCAGGCUACUGAGCUCAGCAAACUUUGGCUUUUGUUUUUCUGUUAUGGCUUCUAACUGUGGGCAUUUGUGCUUUGUGUUGUUUUGUGCUCUUCUGCUCCUGCUGUUUGUUUCUGUCACCCUCUUAUCUUGACGGUGCUGACAGUCCUUAAAUUAUACUGAUGAUUUCCCAGUACAUAUCCUAAACAGGAAAAGCUUGUAGGUGUUGGUUCAGGUGACCAGUCAUUGUCCUUUAUUUGCUCAACUAUGUCCUCCUUUUGUUCCCAUUGGCGGGCUUCCUGCCUGUGAUGAGUGACUGACAGUCCAGAAAGGCUCUGAGACACAUUCAGCAUCACCCAGUAAAUAGGCUACACACACAGGGAUGCGCUCCUACAUUUACAAACAAAGCUCUGUGAUUGGCUCGCAGGCGGAGCACACUGGGAUGAGGACGUACUAUUUCAGUGCGGACACACAGGAGGACAUGACUGGCUGGGUCAGGGCCAUGAACCAGGCUGCACUGAUGCAAACCCAUACAGUGAAGAGAGACGAGUCGGAUCAUCCAGACCAAGUGAACGUUUCUGAGAAACUCAAGCAGCAGGCUGUUCCUCAGAACAACCACAUCAACAGCUACGUGAUUCCAGAGCCCGAGGUCAUCCAAAGUGACGGGCUGCUGGAGGAGAAGCAGGAAAGAUUUGUUGGAGAAGUGGAGAUUGAGGUUGCUCCAAGAGAGAUGGAGCCGGCGAGGGGUAAAUCUCCAGCGAGCAGGACAGUGGAGGUGGAGGUUUUAGCUCCAGGGUCGACACCAGCAUCCCAAGUUCCCUCUCGAGCGCCUUCCAGGGCCGUUUCGACCCCGCCAGUGCUGAGGAACGGUACGCCCAUAGAGCAGAACGGCAUGCCUGGGUAUCAAAGGGGGCCUACACCGUCUUCUCAAACUCCUAUUCGGGUACAGAGGAGGAGUGCACUGGAGAAGGUGGAGAACUGGGUCAAAGUACAGAAGGAAGAACGCCAGGGGUUUGUAUCUACGGAUGGCACAAUUCCACGACAGACCCCUUCCAUUCAUCCAAAGUACGGCACAAUAGACAAAUACCAGUCUUUACCAAAGACCGUGCGGCAAAGCCCACCAACUGCUCACCGUCAGUUGUCCAGUGAAUACAAAUAUUCCCACGACCGGCUUAAUCACUUCCAGAUGACCCACGGCCACAGCCAGCGACCUGCGACGCAUGACAAAACUGUGUGGCAGCUCUACGAAUGGCAACAGAGACAGCAGUAUCGCCACGGCAGCCCCACUGCCCCCGUGUACACUCCUGCUCCAGACUACUCCACCGCCGUAUCCUCCACCAGAGUCAACUCAGGCGUUGCUCGCUCCAUUUCCGUGCCUCCGACCCUGGCAGACAUCCCUCCACCUGGGCCUCCUGGGCCCAGACUGCUGUCUCUGCGUAGACCCCACACUCCUGCAGAACGGGUUACAGUCAAACCUCUGGAGGACAGGCCCACCGUGGAGGUGCCUCCAUCAAACUCUCCUCACCAUCGACGCUCCUAUAAGUCGGCCACAAUAGAAAGACGCUCAAUGCCUCCAUCCGGCUACAUCACACACACAGUCAGUGCGCCCAGCCUGCAUGGAAAAACACCGGAGGAGCUCACCCUUCUCCUCAUCCAGUUACGGAGACACCAGGCCAUGAUGGCAGGUGUGCGCAACAAUGCGCUGGCCCACCUCCGGCAGUUGUCUCGGGUGAAGGCUGAUGACACAUACAUGGACUUGAAGAAGGACCUGGAAUAUUUAGAUCUGAAGAUGAAAAGUUUAGAGCCAUUGAUCUUCAUGGCUCACAGUGUGUUACAAACCUGCACUGCGGGGGGUUUGAGACCACUCUGGAACGUGAGUGGGACAGAGACUCUGAAAGGACGGCCGGCAAAGCCAGUGAAGGUGGCAGAGAGUGAUGUAGACGUGACACUGAGUCGAUUGUGUGAGCAAGACAAAAUACUGCAAGAGCUUGAGUUCAGACUCAGUGGACUUAAGGAUGAUAAGGACAAGCUUGAGUCUGUUCUGGAUGUGUCCCACCAGCAGAUGGAGCAGUACAAGGAUCAGCCGGCUCAUGCCGAGAAGAUCGCCUACCAGCAGCGACUUCUUCAAGAGGACCUGGUGCAUAUAAGAGCUGACAUUUCUAGAGUUUCAACGGAGAUGGAGAGAGCGUGGGAGGACUACAGCAGGCUGGAGCAGUCAGUGGAACAGCUGAGGGACGUCCUGCAGACUCAGAUGAAUCUCUGCACAUCACCUCAGGAGAAAAAUCAGUUGAGGAGGGAGCUCUGGAGGAUAGAGGACGUGAUAACCGGACUGAGCUCAUCCAAAGAAACCUUCAAAAUCACCAUAGACUCAGUAAAGAAUCCAGAGAGAAAACUUGUGCCUUCAGUGAUCGAGUCGACAGUGCCUUCUUGGUGCAUGACCCCAUCCGCGGUCGAGGUGCGGUCACCCCAGCGCAGUCUUACCUCCAGUCCGUUAUCACUGCAAAUGUACAUCGAAGAUCUUCUGCAUACUCACUCUGUGCCAAAAUGUGAAGAGGAUGAUGCUCCCCCCAGACCACCUUUGCCCCUCCUCUAUGAUGAGGACACACCCCCUGUUGUCCCGCCCCUACCUAAAGAAACAUCGGUCAUCAGACACACUUCUGUCCGUGGCCUCAAACGUCAAUCCGAUGAGAGGAAACGAGACAGAGAAAGCAGCUAUGUGAAUGGAGAUUACAGGGUGGAACUGCGGUCCUACCUGAGUGAACCAGAGCUUCCUGGAGCAGGAACAGAUCAAGUGGACGCAGGCUACCUGACUCUUCAAAGAAGAGGUCUGUCAGGCUCUUCAUCCAGAAUAAACCAGUAUGGUGUGACUUCCUGUUCACUAAGGAGAGGAGAUUCGACAACAGAGAGACCAAAGAGUGCCUUGGAGCGGCUGUGCUCGGUGGAGUCUCAGCCUGAUCACCCGCCGCAGAGAGGGAGGAUGAGUGUGGAGGAGCAGCUGGAGAGAAUGAAAAGGCACCAGAGAGCUCUAGUGCGCGAGCGCAAACGUAACUUGAGUCAGGGUGAGCGACAGCCCGUGGGCUCCCGCACCUCCACUCGACCCGUCAGCUCUGACCCAGGAUCAGAAUGGGAAAAAGUCAUUGAUUUGCAGACCUUGUAUGAUGAAUCACAGCGGCCGGGAUCAGAUGAAUGGCUGACUGUUGAGGCCCGGCCAAUGAAUGCACAGGAGCUGGAGCCGGAGGUGGAGCCUGUGAACUUUGAUUUUGAUCUUACCCGGGAGCUGUGUACGCCACAGAAGGUGUCCAUCCCAGAGCGACUCAUGGAUGUGGAGUUAGAUGAAGACCUGAGUCCCGAAGAGAAGGAGACUCGUUCUCGCACCGUAGCAAAGAUAAAAAGCCUACUGUCUAAGUCGAGUGGGAACUCUAUGGAUGUCGAGCACACAGAUUUCAGUGAGCUGGAUGAAGAGCAGCAACAGCAGGAGAGGAUCAUGAGCAUUCAUCGAGCUCUCGCCACAGAGGCCUCCAUCAAGAGGAAGCAAGUCACCGCCAAAGCCAUGUCUGAGUGCUAAAUCGUGUCGAGAAGCUUUCUUGGGAACCCACAGAUUAAUUGUUUUGUGUUUUUUGUACCUAAUACAUAUUUAUAAUUCACAUUCAAUCAUUCAGGUUCUUUGUUGUUCAAACUUUUUAUACGUGAGAUUGUUUUUUAUUAAUUUUACUGGUGAGCACUUUGUUUUAAAAAUCUGAGUUUACUUUUUUUUUUUUUUUUUUUUUGCAUGACAUUUUCAUCACCAUGUAAUCAUGACUUAAAGGUACUUAUUCUUUUGCAGUGUGGUUUAUUAUGUAUAAAAAUAUUUCAUUUUAUUUAGCAAAACUGAAAACUGUCAUCUUCAUAUAUUAGAUUGAUCAUUAAAAAUUCACAAUUUUCAUACAUUACAGACAAUUAAGCUCAAGCUCUAAAUAAAGUUUGUUUGCACAAA